UCGCUCUCUUUCUGAGACAGCAUGGCUCAUACACUCUGACCAGCUCAGCUGCCUGGAAGGUUACUGUUGUGGACUAUAUCUUACCUUUGAAUAUUGAAUACACUGAAACCUUUGUGCGUUUCGUCCAAAAAGAUAGCUUUUUUUUCCUAAUCCUAAUCAGAAGACAGCGCUUCAGGACAUCGUCUACAUAAAUUCAGUAUAUAAACGUCAAGGUCUGACCAUACAAACAGCGCAGGUUUUCAUUCACAUAUUGGAGAAUGAGGUGCCAGUGGACAUACGCUGUUGUUUUCACUCACUCAAACUAACUACAGUGACCAACCGCGCUGAACAUCUAAAGGGAUUUGGACUAGGAAGUGAAUAUUCAAAGGACCUGAAAUUUGUCUAAUUGUUUUCUUUCCUCGUUGGAAACUAAGUCGAUAAAUCGCAAGAAAGGAUGUGCUUGAGAUGAACGCCUUAUCAGACUGGACUAUUGACAGACAGCGAGCGCAUUAACCGGCUUCUCAGUGUUUCUUCUAAUAAUAAUUUACAUGUAACUGUCACUCUUUAAAGGACUCUGUCAUUCCUUGCACUGCUGUCGUAUAGAUCGUUUUUCAUCUUCUUCUUUUUUUUUACAAUAAAAGAAACAUAAUUUAAAGAGAACAUAUUCCGCGCGUGGGAUAUUCAAGGAAAACCUGACGGGUCGCGCGGUUCUUUAUCACCGGAACGCUGCAUCGAAGGGGGCUGCGACUGAAACUUUCAGAAAUGCCGCAGGUGGAGAUGUUUUAUUUUGUGUUGAUCAGCUUGUGGAUGUCUGUGUUGGGCCUGGAACCGGCGUCUAAGGUUGUGGCGGAUCGCUACGCUGUCUACUGGAACCGAACAAACCCAAGGUUCUACCGAGGAGACUACCACAUUGACGUAUGCAUUAAUGAUUAUUUGGACGUAUACUGUCCCCACUACAUGGAUACAGUCCCUGAGGAGAGAAUGGAGCGCUACGUCCUCUAUAUGGUCAACUACGAUGGCUACAGCUCUUGUGACCACACGGCGAAAGGUUUCAAACGUUGGGAGUGCAACCGACCUAACUCACCCAACGGGCCGCUGAAGUUCUCCGAGAAGUUUCAGCUUUUCACACCAUUCUCACUGGGAUUCGAAUUUCGGCCAGGCAGAGAAUAUUACUAUAUCUCCUCUACAGUCAGUGAAAAUGGGAGACGGAGCUGCUUGAGGCUGAAAGUUUUCGUCAGACCUUCAAACAACUGCGAGAAAGGUAACGACCGUGUUGUCAAAGUCGAUGAUGGAAGCAUCAACUCUAUAGAAAAUAAUAAUGACGGAACAAAUCACGAAUCUGCCGAACCGUCGCGAGGUGAUGUCAACGGCGCCGGAAGCAUUCAAACUUUAGGGCCCUUGUUGGCCUCAGCGCUGGUUCUUUUGGCUUCCCUCUCCUCCUUAUAGCAUCCCACAUCCCUGAAAUACACAGGAGGACUCGUGAUCGAGCACUUUUAAGAAACACUGAGAUCUUUCUCUCCUCUAAAAAGUAGUUUCUCGCACAGGAAAACGCUCCUUUGGCGAUAUAACUGGAAGGUUUUCAAUGAACAAAAGCCCCACCCAUGAAAAAAAAACACACACACACACACACACACAAAACCCACUAAACUGUGACACACAUACAAAAAUAGGUCUGUGUCCUUUCAGUGCCCCUAUGUGACGUUGGAGAGGGAUUUGUAAUUGGGGGCAGAGCAAGAAAAUGACUGUUUUUCAAAUGACAAAGACCGCUUUCAGUGUUGCCGUCCAGAAAAAGAAGUUUUAUAACAGAGCAAGAGGACUGUCUUAGGAACCUCUCCACGUGCAUUGUGGGAAAACGUUGUCACUAUAUGGACUCAACUGCUGACUCUACUAGAUAUCAAGGCAAAUUGUUGCCUGAUAGCAUCCCUUGUAUAGAGGGAGAGCAGGGAGCUUUCUUAUAUCUCAACCCGAGUAGUCCGCGUGGACUCAAGUGCUCAGGUGAAUGGUGACAAUUUUUGAAGCGUUUUCGUAGAUAAAGGAAAAAGAUAAGCACUCAUUUUGUACAUUGUGUACAGGUGUACAUGGGACUAAAACGCAGAUGUGGUGUUCUUGAAGUAAAAUGCUCAAGUGUAGCUGCCAAAAUCGAUGUUUUGUUAGGAGGACGGCACCUCACCAAACAAUCGUUUGAGUGAAUAUAAUAAUUUGUUUGGUGAAUCAUCCUUUUCUUAUUUAUUGUUCAGUCUUAGUGCUCUUGACACUUUGUUGUACUAGUCAUCAGCCAGGAUUCAGAAAGGAACACAAAUGCCUAGCUGCAGUCAACUUACCUUUGAUUUAGAUGAAUAACAACCGCAUAACUUAUGAUAAUGGGUUAAUAUUUUAGCAAGUCAAGCCUUGAAAUGAUAUCAGGGGGAAAAAACAGUAGUACGUUUCCAUAUCAUGUCCGUCAGGGGUCACGUCGCUCCUUAAAGGUGUGCAUUAUCAUGGAUAGGAGGGAGGAAAUUGUUUUG